AUGAUCUUCAAGAGACUUUUGAACGUGGUCACCAUUGCCACAGCCGCAUAUGGUUUACCGCUCUUGCAAGGCAGAGAUAAGAAGUCGGAUGAUAUUUCAGCGGAAACAAUCACUUCCGAGUCAAGUUACCUCUUUAGCUUUCCAAAUACUGCCCAGAAUGAUAACAUGUUCCCUAUGGAACAAUGUAAAGGCGUUACCUUGGAAGAAGCUACGAUUGAUCAACUACAGGAGUACAUGUCCAAAGAAAUCUUGACAUCUGUGGAUUUGGUUACCUGCUACACACAACGUUACCUACAGUUAAACUCUUACACCAAGAAUAUUGCGGAACUAAACCCAGAUGCUUUUAAAAUUGCAAAGCUAAUGGACAAAGAGAGAGCAAAGGGUAAAGUUAGAUCCCCACUUCACGGAAUACCUUUUAUUGUUAAAGAUAACUUUGCUACAAAGGACAAAAUGCAGACGUGUGCAGGAUCUGCCAGUUUACUUGGCUCAAUUGUUCCAAGGGAUGCAUUUGUUGUUAAAAAACUAAGAGAAGCUGGUGCUGUUUUGUUUGGUCAUGGUGCAAUGUCGGAAUGGGCAGACAUGCGUUCAUCUGAUUAUUCCGAAGGAUACUCAGCCUUGGGAGGACAAUCUAGAAAUCCAUAUAACUUGACUGUGAACCCAGGUGGAUCAUCUUCGGGACCAGGUGGAGCAGUUGCUGCAAACAUGAUUAUGUUCGCACUUGGAACAGAAACGGAUGGAUCAAUUGUCGAUCCUGCAAAUAGACAAGGUGUUGUCGGAUUUAAACCAACUGUCGGAUUAACUUCAAGAGACAUGGUCAUUCCAGAAUCACAUCACCAAGAUACAACCGGACCACUUGCCAGAACGGUUAAGGAUGCAGUUUACGUUUUACAGCAUAUAUAUGGAAUUGACAAAAAUGAUGAGUUUACUUUGAACCAAACAGGAAAAACUCCUAAGGAUGGAGACUAUACAAAAUUCUUGUCGAACAAGAAUGCUUUGAAAGGAGCAAAGUUUGGCUUGCCAUGGGAAGGUAUCUGGACUCAGGCAAAGAGUGCCGAGAUUGAAGAGUUACUAGAGACUUUGAAGACCCUUGAAGAUGCUGGUGCCACUAUUGUUAAUAACACAAACUUCAAGGAUCCUUAUGCUUCUAUUUCCCCCGAUGGCUGGAAUUGGGACUAUGGUGGAGUUGAAGGAUGGGCAAAUCAGUCUGAAUUCACCGUUGUUAAGGUUGACUUUUACAAUAACAUUAAGCAGUACCUAUCCGAGAUUAAGAAUACCAAUAUUACAUCCCUUGAAGAUAUUGUGGAAUUCAAUAAUUUGUACAGUGGUACCGAAGGUGGAGAGCCUAAUGUUCAUCCGGCUUUUGCUUCUGGUCAAGAUUCUUUGAAUUCAUCUCUUGCCUCCGGUGGUAUCAUGGAUGAAACGUACUGGAACGCUGUUGAGUACAUACACAGAACUACCAGGGAAGAAGGUAUAGAUUAUGCAUUAAACUACACCGACCCUGAAAGUGGAAAAAAUAUUAAACUAGAUGCUUUGCUUUUCCCUACUUCUACUACUGUUGGUUUCCAACAGGCUGCAAUGGCAGGUUAUCCUUUAAUUACAAUUCCUGUUUCACAGAGAAAAGAUGCAAGACCUUUCGGUAUUUGCUUGAUGCAAACCGCCUUUGGUGAACCAAAAUUAAUUAAAUAUGGUAGUGCAAUUGAGGACUUAUUGCAUGCCAGAGCAAAGCCACAAUUCCUCGAAUAUAUUGCUCAAAAUGUCCCCGUCUGGUGA